UACUGCUAGGUAGGCGAUUAAAUAUCAUGCUGGUCCAAAUGUCCGGCACUUUUGCAAACAUUGCCGGACCGUGGCUCAAUCUACUGGACAAUGUCCGCCGGGAAGGCCAUUAAUGACUACACUGGUUGCCUUGUGUUUCACAAAUCCAAGACGUUUUAAAAGGGAUCUCACCCAUUCCCUUUUUAAAUCACAUGGCUCACAGAAUUCAGGCAACAAAUGUUUAUUUUUGACAGCAAAAUGCCCUGGGCAGCUGCAGAGACAAUACACAUGUUCACAAUCACACCACUUCCGCGGAUAUUCUCAAUGUACUGGCACACAUCAGCAAAUUGCUCUCCAAAUUGGAGGAAAUAAAGGAUUAUAUCAUAUAUCAUAUCAUCCAGUUCACCUUAUUUUAAUGGCCGUCCACUCCGAACAGGAGAAAGAUGCAAAUGUUUCAUCACAUGAACAGAGCUUGCACUCAUUUCGAAUUUUCCU